GACAAACAGCUUGGCAGGCAUGGUUGAAAUUGCACCCUGGGAAAGAUAGCUCAGAGGCAGGAAGCCUUCGUAAGGCAGAGCAAUUGAAGAUCGAAGAGAAAUACCCUGAGAGGGCCGAUGAAGCAAAGGCUUUUAUGACAAGUUGCUCGUGCAUUAUGGGGAUGCAAUCCUACCAAAAGACGAGAGGGAAACACGAUCUGAAAAGGGCUUCUACUUGCUACAAAAGCUGACUGGCAGAUACACUGCUCAGGCUUCCAUGCUCAGCUCGAUUUACCCUGUUGGCAUUGCACUUGUGGGCUUCACUUCCGAUGAAGCAGUGCCACCACAAGAGUCAACCAUUGCGUUCACCAGUUCACCAUUCAUUGCUGAACUAGUGAAAACAUUGGGAUUACCCUUUACUCAACAGGCCGCGCAAAGUAUGAGGUCCCUGUAUGAUGGAGUAUCAGCAUUCAGCCCUUAUCAGCCCAAUGCUGCCAAAGAAAAGGCUCCGAGGGCUAUAGAUGAGGAUAAUGUGGACUUUUAUACACCAGUGAUGAAAAACGAGGAUAGCUUCACUAUUGAAAUCGACAAGGAGUUUGGUAAGCCCACGGAGUGCCGCAAGUGGUGUGCUAAACAACUUCGGAUGUUAAUCAGUGAUAAAGUGGGCUCAGCUGACAAGGUGCAGGACAACUGGAAGAGUGCCAACAUUCUCCCCCUCUUACUCGAGCAUCGCCUUUGA